AUGGCAGCCAGAACCGCCGCCGAGGAAGAAUUCGACAGCAUCCUCCAGAAAGCCUCCGCGCACGCCAAAUUACCCUACCACGCCAGCGACGUCCACGACUACGCCCACGACGCCGAGCACAGCGAGGACGAGGCCGACGAGGAAGCCGCAUUCCUGCAGAAGCAGGUCGCCGAGAACAUGCGGAUGAUGCCGUCCCUCGACCCCCGCGGGGGGCCCAUGUACCUCCCGCACCGCGACUUCGACAGCGGGCGCACGACGGGCGUCAAGGGCGUCAUUGCCGACGCCCGUAGCUUCGAGGAGGCGCGCAAGCAGCAGAGCGGGGGCGCGUCGUGGAAGAGCCGGGCGCGGAGUGGCAGUCGGCGAGGGGCUCGAACGAACGAGGAGAGCGCCGGCGGCAACAAGCGCGCGAGCACCUUCAAGGACGAGGGGGAGGGCAGCGACGACGAGGACGAGGAGGAGUUUGUGCAGCGGUGGAGGAUGCAGCGGCGGGAGGAGCUCCGGCGGGAGGGCAGCGAUAUUCGGAAUCGGAGGACGAGUCCGAGUAUGAGGCGCUUUGGGCGCUUUGAUGAGGUGGACGCUCUGGGGUACCUGGAUGCUAUUGAGAAGGUGACGCGAGACACGGUUGUGUGUGUGUUUGUUUACGAUCCUGAGUGUGCCGUCUCCCAAGUCAUCUCCGACGCCCUCACCCCCCUCGUCUCCAAAAACCCCGGCAUCCACUUCGUCCGCAUCCACUACGAAGCCAUCGAGUUCGACAACGCCGGCGUGCCCGCCAUCCUCGCCUACAAGAACCAGGGCGACCUCUUCGCAAACCUCACCUACAUCAUCGACCAGAUCCCCGAAGACACCCUCUUCGACACCCAGGCCCUGGAGACCAUCCUGCGCAACAACAAGGUGCUCUGA